AUAGAUAAGCCAAGCCAAAGGACUUCCCUUCCUCUUUGAGUUGAGCCUUUUAAACUUCACCCCACAAUACAAAGACCAACUCUUUUUCUGAGGGUCACUCAUAUCUCUCGCUCUCUCCAACUGAUAAGAAGCAAAGAGAACUCUUCUUCCAUGUGGGCUUCUUGGAUCCACUCAAUUCUAAUUCCAACUUGUGCUCCAUGCUAAAACAGAAGCUUCCCACCCAGUGGCCUCAGUUGAUUCUUUUCCAGAGUUUCCUACAAUUCCCACAACUGUCUUAAUGACUAUUUUGUUGCUGGUGUUUGGUUUAUGAGAAAUUGAGCUGAUUUUCUCUUCUGGGUUUUUGGUUUUAGUUUGAGUUUUGGUCAUUUUGGUUUCUGGGUAUUGCUUAGAAUGAUGUCAAUGACAUGCCAUAGUCUUGAGGGUAGAGCUGUGUUGGAUUUGGUGGCUUGUGGGUGUUCUUCCAAUGCUUUGUUGGACCGUUCUUCAGUGAGGAAUUACACAAAGGCAAGUUCUAAGGGCAUUUGUAGAGGUUAUGGAGCUCGGAAAUUGGUUUGUGGUAGGCGGGACCGAAUUCGGUGUGGAGUAUCUUCAAUGAAAACAGCUGAGACUCCAGUACCAAAGAAAACAGCUGAGACUCUGCUAAAUAGUGUUUCUGGUGUUUCUCAAGGUUUUCCACAAGUUUUGGAUUUAAACAAAGAUUCAAGAAGGCCUGUUUCGUUGACAAAUUUGUUUGAAGUGGUUGCUGAUGACCUCCUGACAUUAAAUCAAAAUCUUCAGUCAAUUGUUGGCGCAGAAAACCCUGUCUUAAUGUCCGCAGCCGAGCAGAUCUUUGGUGCUGGUGGGAAGAGGAUGAGACCAGCAUUGGUGUUUCUAGUGUCCAGAGCAACAUCAGAAAUAGUUGGGUUGAAGGAACUUACCAUGGAGCAUCGUCGAUUGGCAGAGAUCAUUGAAAUGAUCCAUACUGCGAGCUUGAUACAUGAUGAUGUAUUGGAUGAAAGUGACAUGCGACGAGGGAAGGAAACUGUUCAUCAAAUGUUUGGUACAAGAGUGGCGGUGCUGGCUGGGGACUUCAUGUUUGCACAGUCAUCAUGGUAUCUUGCAAAUCUAGAAAACCUUCAGGUCAUUAAGCUCAUCAGUCAGGUUAUCAAAGAUUUUGCAAGUGGUGAAAUAAAGCAGGCAUCCAGCUUGUUUGAUUGUGAUGUCGAACUGGAGGAGUACUUGAUUAAGAGCUACUACAAAACAGCCUCUUUGAUUGCUGCCAGUACCAAAGGAGCUGCCAUUUUUAGUGGCGUUGAUAGCUAUAUAGCAGAGAAAAUGUAUGACUAUGGUAAGAAUCUUGGUCUGUCCUUCCAAGUUGUUGAUGACAUAUUGGAUUUCACACAGUCCGCAGAGCAGCUCGGGAAGCCUGCUGGAACUGACCUCGCCAAAGGAAACCUGACAGCCCCAGUAAUUUUUGCUCUAGAGAAAGAGCCAAAACUAAGAGAUAUAAUUGAAUCAGAAUUCAGUGAUACUGGUUCCCUUGACGAAGCCAUUAGAUUGGUUAAGGCAUGUGGCGGCAUUGAACAAGCACAAGUGUUAGCAAAAGAGAAAGCUCAUCUUGCAAUCCAAAAUCUCGAGUGUCUCCCUAAGACUGCAUUUCGAUUAGCUCUGGAGGAUAUGGUAAUGUUUAAUCUUCAAAGGAUUGAUUAGUGGGCUAAUUUUUUGGAAGGCCUUUAUAGACAAGAACUUCUUAGGCAGAAGGGGAAAAAAAGGCUAAAAAGUGGAGCUUCUAUCACUACAAGCAUUUUCUGCACAUCUUCAAAGUGCUUCUGCCAAUGACAAGCUGAUAGCCACUGCUUGCUAAUUGGGUAAAUGUGUUAAUAUGCUAUAUCUUAAGCUCAUUAUACUGUUGAUUUAGUUAUACAUUCUUCACAAAUUGGCACAAAAUGAAAAUAAUACUUCACCAUUGUUGUACAAUAAAAUUCUGGGGUCAUCAGUAAUUUUGACCAAUAUAUUUUCUCUUAUUGCUAUCUUGUUCAUACAUUUACUUUCAA